AUGCUCCGUGGUUUCCAUGCAGCUCUCAAGAAGGAUUUUGAGUUCGUGUUCGCCACCGGAAUCCACGUUGCCGUCCCCGGUCCAGAUGUUCUCCCCUUCUUUGCCGGAAUGAAGUCGUUUUACUCUUGCUUUCGCAAGGGAGCAACCGACACCGGAGGUGAAAUUGCUGUGUUCAACGAAGCCAUCAAGAUGGCGGUGCAGGACUGGCAGCUGGAGAGCUAG